AUGAGUUAUGUGGAAAGGCUACUGAAGCUAAACCUCAUGUCCCUGGAAGACAAAAGAAGCUACAAGAAUACAACCAAGAGCUACAAUAAUACAACCAAGAGCUACAAUAAUACAACCAGAGCUACAAGAAUACAACCAAGAGCUACAAUAAUACAACCAAGAGCUACAAUAUACAACCAAGAGCUACAAGAAUACCACCAAGAGCUACAAGAAUACAACCAAGAGCUACAAGAGACAACCAAGAGCUACAAUAAUACAACCAAGAGCUACAAGAAUACAACCAAGAGCUACAAUAAUACAACCAAGAGCUACAAGAAUACAACCAAGAGCUACAAGAAUACAACCAAGAGCUACAAUAAUACAACCAAGAGCUACAAGAAUACAACCAAGAGCUACAAGAAUACAACCAAGAGCUACAAGAAUACAACCAAGAGCUACAAGAAUACAACCAAGAGCUACAAGAAUACAACCAAGAGCUACAAGAACACAACCAAGAGCUACAAGAAUACAACCAAGAGCUACAAGAAUACAACCAAGAGCUACAAGAAUACAACCAAGAGCUACAAGAAUACAACCAAGAGCUACAAGAAUACAACCAAGAGCUACAAGAAUACAGCAAUAGUCUAA